AUGUACUUCCAAUUAAGUUGCAAGAAGUCGAUGUCAUGCCUUCACAAGGCCUUUCUGAACUCCAAUGGCAAUCUAGUUGUCAGAGCACUUUCAACGCAGGCAACUCCAAAGGAAAAUAUUUAUUGGAAUGAUCGCUCUGAACCAGGGGAAUCAACUUUCAAGAAAAUCUUGAUUGCAAAUAGAGGUGAGAUAGCCUGUAGAGUCAUUGAAACAUGCAGAAGGUUGGGCAUAGCUACUGUUGCUAUUCACAGUGAUGUCGACUCAAAUGCUUUGUACAGCAUCCCUCAAAUCUUUAAUUCUUAUGUUGUUAAAAUCCGAACAUUCUACCAGAAAUUCGUUCACAUGGCCGAUGAAGCAUUCUGCAUUGGGCCUGCACCUGUCAAUCAAAGUUACCUGAACAUGGAAGCCAUCUUGGAUGUUGUCAAAAAAACCGGAUCUGAAGCUGUGCACCCUGGUUACGGUUUCCUGUCUGAAAACAUGAAAUUUGCCAAGAUGCUUGAAGAUGCGGGUAGCAUGUUCAUUGGGCCAACCAGCUUCUCCAUAAAAGCCAUGGGAGAUAAGAUUGAGAGUAAGAGGUUCGCACUGAAGGCCAAGGUCAACAUGAUCCCCGGCUUCGAUGGGGAGGUCAAGGACGAAGAUCACGCCGUCAAAGUCGCCAACGAUAUUGGCUAUCCAGUGAUGAUCAAGGCAUCAGCUGGCGGAGGAGGAAGAGGAUUGAGGAUUGCCUGGAAUGACAAGGAGUGCAGGAGUUCAUACAAGAUCUCGAAAACGGAAGCAGCUUCUACAUACGGAGACGACAGGAUGCUGAUCGAGAAGUACAUCGACAAUCCUCGCCACAUCGAAGUGCAGGUCAUGUGUGACGCGCACGGGAAUGCUGUCUACCUCAACGAGCGUGAGUGCUCCAUUCAGAGGAGGAACCAGAAAGUGAUCGAGGAAGCGCCAAGUACCUUCAUUGACCCUGAGACGAGGAAACAGAUGGGUGAACAGGCGUGCAUGUUGGCAAGAUCUGUCCAGUAUUCAUCUGCUGGCACAGUUGAAUUUUUAGUUGACAGCAAGCGGAAGUUCUACUUCCUGGAGAUGAACACGCGUCUGCAGGACCCAUACAAGAAUUUCGGCAUUCCAUCCAUUGGUCGUCUGUCCAGGUACAUUGAACCAACACACCUGCCAAAUGUUCGUUGUGACAGCGGCAUAACGGAGGGCAGUGACAUCAGUGUCUACUACGACUCUAUGAUCUGUAAACUUGUAACGUACGGCAAAACGAGAGAUGACGCCCUGAAGACCAUGGCACAAGCGUUAGAUACAUACGUCAUCAGGGGGGUGAAGCACAACAUCCCACUCUUAAGAGAUGUCGUCACUGAGGAACGCUUCGUGAAGGGUGACAUCAGCACCAAGUACCUCUUCGAAGUUUACCCUAACGGAUUUCAAGGCAAAAUGCUAAAGCCGGAUGAGAAACUCAGAUUGGUCGGUAUCGCCAGUUGCGUAAAAGUUAAGGACGACCUAAUCAACAUCGUCGACAACAUAGCAAAAGGCAGACUUGACCGUUGGACGUUCGAAUCGAGGUAUGGCGAGGAAUCAUUCAAAGUGGACAUCAAAUUGAAGAACAAAGUCUUCCAUGUGAAGGUGAACGAGCAGGAAAUGACGAUCGCCGACAACUUCAACCUCUCAACUCCCGUCUUGAAUGUCCUCGUGAAUGGACAGCCGGAACUGUAUCAGUUGAUCGCCAAUGACGUUGGACAUGUGAAAGUGCAAUAUGAAGGGACAGUGUUUGAGGUCAACGUCCUCGAGCGUCAUGUUUCAGACCUGCAGAAAUACAUGCCGAAGAAGGUGAAGAUACAGAAGGACACCCUGGUCAUCGCCCCCAUGUCUGGGGUUGUCAAGUCGGUGGCCGUCAAAGUUGGAGACGUGGUCGCCGAAGGACAGGAAGUCCUUGUUUUGGAAGCCAUGAAGAUGCAGAACAGUCUGACUGCUGCCAUUCAGGGCAAGAUCAAGAAGUUGAAUGUGAAGGUCGGAGCUACGGUCAGUGCCGAAGAUGUUCUCAUCGAAUUGGAGUAACGUAUCCUGAUAUAUGCAUAUUGUUGUUCGUGUAUCAUGAUAUCUACAUGCCUAUAUUUUCGUAUAUCAUGAUAUAUAUAUAUAUAUAUCUUUCAUCUUUCACGUCAGUACUGUAUGAUAUGAUGUAGGUAUCAUUGACGAAAGCGAUUAACAAUAAUUAGGGUGAGAUUUUGGUAAUUGUAUUUAAAAAAAAAUAAUUUGUGAAUA